AGGAAAAGAGACACGUAAAAAGACACGGCUCCUAUCCACGGUUUCUCGCCCUAGCGCUGCUUCAUCUCCCCUCUCCCAUCGACCAUCGUGCUCAGAUCAACGCCGCGCGCGGGCCCGGUGGAGACCUCGCCGGCAAGGGAGCAGCAGCCUUCUCCCCUCUUUCCUCGGUGGAAACCAUGACCUUGAGGCCGCCCAUGGCAACUAGCUAGGUCUUGGAGUGUAUAGGCCCCGAGGCGACCAGGUAGUUUCAGGCGAACACACAUUGAGAUUGUGUUGCCCAGUAGGUUUGUGUCUCGAUUGAGUUUGCAAGCUAGUGAGGGUACCUCUUGGAAGUUUGUUGGCCAUGGGAGGUAACGCCAAUACAAAAAAGAAAAAAGUUGAAGCAGAAGGAGAAGGAGAGAGCAGCACAAAGAAGCUGAAGGUCACCAUGGGGGUGGAGACCAUUGACUGCCCAAUCUGCUACGAGCCCCUCAGGCCUCCGAUAUUCCAGUGCUCCGUGGGGCAUUGUAUAUGCUCGUCUUGCCGUGAGAAGCUGGACAAGAAAUGUCCCGUGUGCUCUAUCAAAACUUCCUUCAAGCGCUGCUUUGCGAUGGAACAUGUCGCCCAAGAAGCCAAAGUUGCUUGCUCCAAUGAUAAGUAUGGCUGUGUCGAGGGGGUCAUCUACUACCAGAAAGAAGAACAUAAGAAGGCAUGCCCAAAUGCCCCGUGCUCCUGCACGGAGUCCGGUUGUGGCUUCACUGGACCAGCAAAGGUGCUCCAGGACCAUUUCAUCAUCCAGCACAAGUGUCUGUCUACAAUCCUCCCAGACUCCGGUACGGUGUCACUUCGCUUACAGCCAGGGUUACAUGUUUUGCGAUGCACCGAGACCAGCUACUUUUUCUUGCUCAACAUGUCAUCAGAGCCUCUUGGAUAUGCCAUCUCAGUCAUCUGCGUCCAACCAAACGUCACGGAACCCAAGUUCAAAUGUAAUAUGGAAUAUGACUGCAUAACGACGGGCUGUCGUGAAAGUAUAAAUUGCCACAUAAGAAGCUCUUCACUCUCUGAUGGGCUACCCAUAGUGUACGACUUAAUAAUUCCCAAGGGAAAGAUUUCCGAUGAUCAAAAUGGUAUCAUGCUCGAAGCCACCAUUCUCAGCAGAUCAUGUCUUCAAGGAAAGGGUUCGACUCCUGAUCUUCAACGAACGCCCUGUAUUAAAACUGCUAAUACUGCUACUGCUACUGCUGAUGAUGACAAUGAUGAUGACGACGACGAUGAUGACGACGACGAUGACGACGAUGACGAUGAUGAUGACGACGACAACGACGACGACGAUGAUUCUAGCUCAUCGUCGUUAUCGUCCUCGUCAUCGUCGUCGUCGUCUUCAUCGGCAUCAUCGGCGUCCGAACAAGAAGGAGGAGAAAGAGAAGGAGAAGGAGGAGGUGGUGGGCGAGAGCCAAGACGAGGGCAAGUGCGAGGGAGAGGGCGAGGUCGAGGGCGAGGGCGAGGACGAGGACGGGGACGAGGGCGAGGAUGAUGAGGACGAAAGGGCCUGAGUCCUACUCUUUGAGGAAGGCCUUUUGUUUUUGCAGGAACAAAGGCCUUGUUCUUGAUAGUUCUGAUAAUAUUGAUGACGAUUAUGAUAGACCUUAAAGUUUAAGUAUUUGCAGACCCCGUAUUUGAGGAAAGGACCCAACUUCUGCUCUUCAGUGAAGGGCCUGUGUUCAUCUGAUAUACUCAAUUGUGUUUCUGGACCGUCUUCGAGGAGUAGAACUUUAAGUUUAGCUUGGACUGACUGUUAUUAUACCUGGCUUUCACAUUGUGUUUCUGGGAUAUAUAAGUUGAGAGGGUCUUUAUAGUCUUGUUAAGUAUCACUGUUGUAGAGCA